AUGGCCGAGGCCAACUUCUCCGCCGCGUUGGCGACCUGGAAGGAGAUCAACCUCUCCGAGCUCCAGAAGUCGCUGGACAAGACAGCGCUCGAGGUCGUGGAGAACCAGAAAGAGAACAUGGUCGGGCGUAAGAGGCUCGCAGAGCAAACUAGGGAGUUCAAGAAGCAGCCGGACAACCAGGACAAGUUCGGCGCUAUGAAGGUGCUCCUCAAGGCAUACCAGGGAGAGAUUGACAGCUUGACAAGACGGUCAAAGAUGAGCGAGACGUCUUUCCUCAACGUGUACAAGCUACUGUCGGACGCGCCUGACCCGUACCCGCUCCUCGACGCUGCCGUGGACCAGACUGUCAAGGUCGCCGAGGCACGGAUGCUGGAGGCCGAACUUUCACGACUGCGGGAAGACAACUUGGAUCUCAAGAAGCAGGUCGCGGACGGGAGCAGCGUGGACGAUAAGCGCAAGAAGGCUGAGUCGCGGGUCGAGCAGCUCGAGGCUAAGAUGGACGACCUCAUCCAGGAGCGCGUAAGCCAAAAAGAGAACGAGUUGAACGCCGAAUACGACGAGCGGAUUCGCAACUACGAGGAGCGGGAGAAGGACCUGCAGCGCCAGGUCACGACGCACAAAGAGCAGCUGCGGGACCUCGCCAUGUCGAACGACAGCACCACGGCCAAGCUCAUGGACGCGAGCCAGAGGCAAGAACAGGACGUCGCUGCCAAGCUUGCAGAGCUCGACCUCGUCGUCGCCGACCUGACCCGAGCCAACGAGCGCGUCGCGACCGUUGAGCGCAGGAAUGAACUGUUGCGCGCCGAGAUAGAGACUGCCCGUAGCGGGUCACAGCAGGCCGACAAGGUCAAGGAGCAGGAGGACCACAUCGCCGAGCUCGAAGCCGAGGCGUCGCGCCUGCUCCGCGCCCUCGACUCGGUCAAGGACCAGAAGGCGGAGGUGGAGCGUGGUGAGAAGAAGCGCGUGGAUGAUGCGGCCCGCGAGAUCGCCAACCAGGCGGCCGAGAUCGAGAACCUGCGGACCAAGGCCAAGCAGUACUCCGACUACGAUGAGAUCAAGCGCGAGCUUGAGAUCAUGAAGUAUGUCGAAUUCUCCAACGCCGACCUCGACAACGACGAGGACGUGCACAUGCCAGACCCGAAUGCCGAUGUCGCGAACAAGCAGCUGGGGCGGUCACUGGAGAACCUCCUAGUGUCCAAGAACCGCCGACUGCUUGAGGACCUGACCAAGCUUCGCGUUGCACACGAGGAGCUCGUCAGCGAGUACAACAAGGCGGAGAACAGCUCGAGCCAGACGGAGGCAGAGGUGGCGCGUCUCCGUGCGCUGAACGAGAAGCUCGAAAACGACCUCAUGCAGAUGAACAACGGCGAGGGCAAGGACAGGAGCGGGCCAGGCCUCGCAGGGUUAGACAUUGGAGGCAAGGACGGGGCGACGACGCCAUCCGGCGGAAACGACGCGUCCAUCCUGCCCAUCGUGACGAGCCAGCGGGACCGGUUCCGGCAGCGCAACGCCGAGCUCGAGGAGGAGCUGCGCAAGCAGUUCGAGGCCAUAUCGGACCUGCGCACGGAGAUCAAGGGGCUGCAGGCUGACAACCUCAAGCUCUACGAAAAGGUGCGGUACAUGCAGAGCUACCGCGACAGCACGCCGGGCACGUCUACGCCUGGCGGAACGGCGGGGAUGUUGAAUGGCGCGCUGAGAAGCCGAGAAGACGAUAUUGGCCGAUACAAGGACAAGUACGACGAGAGCCUAAACCCCUUCGAGGCAUUCAAGGGGCGUGAGAGUCUGCGUGCUAUCAAGGCACUCAAUCCGCUCGAGCGCGGCGUGUUCGCAUUGACACGCGCCAUCAUCGGGAACAAACGCGCACGGUCGUUGUUCAUCAUGUAUGCCGCGAGCCUACAUGCGCUCGUACUCCUCGUGCUCUGGAACACGAUGCGUGCGAGCGACACUGCAACCGGGAUGCCCCACAUGAGUGUCUUACAGUUGUCGCCGACUCCCUCUGGGCACUCAGAGCGACCUGUAUCCGAUCUCCCACCAUGGGAAAUCCUCCAGCGCUACACACUGGAGCAAGACUUUGUCUAUAAACUCCUGAUGCCCCUUCUCACACGCGCGGUCGACCACCUUCACAAAGACGCUGCUGACUGCCUCGAGGUGUCGCAGCUGUUCACCGCCGCGCAGAUCGUCGGGGUUCCCAUCCCCGGUCAUGAAUGUUCCCAUUGCAUUCUACAUGAGGAAAGCUGCAUGGUACCUGCCCGUGAACAGAGGUACGGUGACACGGGGGGUAUCUACGCCAUGGGCCGAUGCACGAACUGCGCGCUGGCGGGAAGUUACUGCGAUCUCCCUCUGCGCACGGGCUAUACCGAGUGCUUCUCCGACUGGUUCAUGUCCGACGACGACCGGGAGGAGUACGUCAUAUGGUGGGAGGAGCGGCAGAAGGUGACGGUCGACCUGGGCCACCCCAUCCACCAACGGCAGUUGGGACCCGCUUGUUGGGAGCGCUUCUACUCCUACGUGUCAGCCAAGGCGGAACUCCGCAGCGACGUGUCCCUCACUCUUCCGAGCACAGACAUCAACGACUACCCUGACCUGGCCAGCUGGAUCGCCACCAAGAACCGUUUCCUCGACACUGUCUCGCCUGACGUCUGCGCCGAGCCGGCCAGAAGCACCCUCACCCAAUUGAGGAGGGGUGGGUUCAAGCGUCGGGGGACGUCGGCCAUCAUGACGGUGCCCCGUUGUAUGCCGGACCAGACGAAGGUGUUCGACCCCAGCAACCUGCAGCGGAUCUCCACAGACCCAGCUUGUUAUGCACUCUUCGGAAACGGCGACCGCGCGGAAACUCUUGGGAACACGAAAGAGACGGCAGGCAGUCCUAAGAAGUCGGAUCUGGCGAACUGCCAGACACAGUAA